UAUUUUUGUUUCUAUACCGUUCACCGUUAAACAUUCUACCAAUUAUAGACUUCCUCUACAUAUUGUUAUAACCGCACGCACUACACCCCCUCGCACACUUUCUGGCCAAGAACAAAAAAAAAAGUAGUAUCUACAGCUUUUGGCUGACAAAGACAACAAAAAAGACCAAUUCGCCACCAUCUCUUUUGCUCGCCGUCAAUUUCGGACUCGGCAGGACCACACGCUAGCAAAGGCCAGACCAUGGGAAACGCGCCGUCCAAGGCAAUAAAGGCGCGCAAGGGCGGGCGGGCGUCCGAAGACACGAGCGACAGCGCGGUGCCAGCCAGCAUUGUGCGGGCGUCGUCGGACACAACCGGAACUAGUACUACCAACACCACCAACACGACCACCACAGCAGCAGCAGCAGCAGCAUCGACGCGUGACAGCAGCAAGCCCGCACGACCAUCGCUGGCAGGGGCGCUGCCAUCGCCCAUGGUGAACCGGGCCGGGCUAUCGUCGCCGAUUGCGGUGCCAGGCUCAGUGGGGGCGGUAAGCAGCACGCCAGCGACGCCCGGCUCGUUGUCGGGACCGCGUGGAGAGUAUUUUCCGCUGCAGAUGACAGGAACGCGGGAGUCACGGAUGUCGCUGGGCGGGCGGAUGCGCGGGCGCAAGAAGAAGGUAUCGUCCGCGAUAGAAGGAGUGGAGGAGGGGACGGUGCGGACGCCGGGGGCGGCAACGCCGCGGUCGUACUGCGACCUGCCAGGGACGUCGAUUCUGACGGGCGGGCCCGGGACGGCGUAUGCGGGGGAGCGGCUGCCGGCGCUGCGCGAGGAGGGGCGGAUGGCGCUGACCGAGUACGUGUCGACGCCGAGCGGAGCCGAGUUUGCGAUAAUCAAGCACGCAGAGAAGCCAAAGCAGUUCAGCGUGGACGACAUGAUUUUCCGGCUGCUGGACGCCGGGUUCAGCGGCAAGGUCACCAAGAGCGUGUGCCUGCGCAACUCUGAGAUCAUCGCGGUGUGCCAGGCCGCGCGCGAGGUGUUCCUGGCGCAGCCGACGCUGCUGGAGCUGGCAGCGCCGGUGAAAAUCACGGGCGACAUCCACGGGCAGUACACGGAUCUGCUGCGGCUGUUUGACAAGUGCGGGUAUCCGCCGCACUGCAACUAUCUGUUUAUGGGCGACUACGUGGACCGCGGCAAGCAGUCGCUGGAGACGAUCCUGCUGCUGAUGUGCUUCAAGAUCAAGUACCCAGACAACUUCUUUUUGCUGCGCGGCAACCACGAGUGUGCGAAUGUGACGCGGGUGUAUGGGUUCUACGACGAGUGCAAGCGCCGGUGCAAUGUCAAGGUGUGGAAGGCGUUCAUCAACACGUUUAAUGCGCUGCCGAUUGCGGCGGUGGUGGCAUCCAAGAUCUUCUGCGUGCAUGGCGGGCUGUCGCCAGACCUGGCCAGCAUGGAUCAGAUCCGGCAGCUGGCGCGGCCAUGCGAUGUGCCAGACCACGGGGUGCUGAACGACCUGCUGUGGUCCGACCCGUCCGACACGGCAGCGGACUGGGAGGAGAACGAGCGCGGGGUCUCGUACUGCUUCGGCAAGAGCGUGAUCACCGACUUCCUGCGGCGCAUGGACUUUGAUCUGAUCUGCCGCGCGCACAUGGUGGUCGAGGACGGGUACGAGUUUUUCCACGGGCGGCAGCUGGUGACGGUGUUUUCGGCGCCCAACUACUGCGGCGAGUUCGACAACUCGGGGGCGGUGAUGAACGUGAACGAGCAGCUGCUGUGCUCGUUUGAGAUCCUGAAGCCGCUGAUGGAGAACCUGAGCAGCUGCAUGGCGCGCGUGGAGGCGAACUUUUGGUCAAAGCGGCAGCAGGCGGAGGCGCUGAUGAACGAAGCCGCGGCGGAGAAGGCGCUGAAGGAGCAGCAGGAGCAGGAGCAGGAGGAGGCGAUGGCUGGUGCUUCUGACGCGGCUGACUCGGCAGCAGCGGCAGCCACGCAGCCGAUGGCGAUUCCGACAGCAAACGGCGCGAAGAAGCCGCGGCAGCGCGUGGUGGACAAGGACGAGCUGAAUGAGACGCUGCUGGAGGACGACGACGAUGACGACGACGACGACGACGUGUCGGACGAGUCGCCGCCCGCUGCGCAGCAGCAGGACGAGCAUGUGCUUCAUGGCACACCGCCGCGGGGAUCCAAGCUCAAGCAGCACAUGGUGCAGGACCGGAAUCCUACGCCAGCAGACUAAUGCUCCGCAGUGGCUCUCUCUUUCCCUCUUUCCAUACCACAUCAACUUUUUACUUUUUAGCCGAACCGUAUGUACUCUCACAAAAAAUAUCAACAGCCCUUGGACCUCAGACCCUGGAGUAGCCGAUGCGCUUUUUCCGCCAGACGUACACGGCGAAGGCGGCAAUGCCGAGGACGAUGAAGAGAAAUUCGUUUCGGAAAAAGUCCCUGCGGUCCUUCUCCUCGGGGUGGGUGCAUUCCUGGUACUCGGGCAGCUGGUGCGAGUCCUGGUAGUCCUUUGGCACGGUGCCGUUCCAUUCGCAGGCGACCUCCUGCUUGUAUCCGUUCAGCUUGCAGAACGGCUGGUUCAGCUCUGAGGGCGCACAGGCCUGGCAUUUGCUGAUCAGGCGGCAUGUGUAUUCAUUCGAAUAGUCGUCCAUUGGAAGAAAGCGCGGAAAGGGGUUGGAGAGCGGAGGAGAAGGAGGCUUGCAAGCUCAA